AUGCAGUCCACUUGUGUCGGCGAGUGGACUGCUCACUCGAUCAAGGCGUUGUUGCAAUGUCUCUGGGUUGCCGACACAGGACCUGGACGCUCCAGCACGCUUUGGUGGGAAAAGUCUCACUGUGACGCGGAACGACUUACAAGAUUUCUACAGUCUGCAACGAGGAUAUAG